AUGGCGAACCUCCACUUCGCGGCGUCGAGCGCGCCGCUCAAAAGCAUCCAAGAGAUCCAGUUUGGCUUACUCGACCCGGCUGAGAUUCAAGAGAUGAGCGUCGCGCACAUCAUCUACCCCGAGACUAUGGACGAACAAAAGCAGCGUCCGCGUGAAGGUGGUCUAAACGACCCGAAGCUCGGCUCCAUCGAUCGUGCUUACUCGUGUGCCACUUGCGGUGAGAACAUGCAAGAAUGCCCAGGCCAUUUUGGUCAUAUUGAACUGCACACGCCAGUGUUCCACGUUGGUUUCAUCAACAAGAUUAAAAAGCUGCUUGAAUGCGUAUGUUUUAACUGCGGCAAGACUUUAGCAGAUGAAAAUGAUCCAGGUUUUAAAGACGCCAUGCGAUUCCGGGAUCCGAAGAAGCGCUUCGAGGCGAUAUGGAAGGCUACCAAGGGCAAAAAGAGAGAAUGUGCGAACGAUCCCGUUUCAGAUGACUUCGAUAAGGGAAAGAAACCGGGACAUGGCGGAUGUGGCAACAAAGUGCCUGAAAUUCGCAGGGAGGGUCUGAAGUUGAUGGGCACUUGGAAGCCAUCCAAGUCUGAGGAAGAGGAAGAGGGUCGUCAGCCCGAGAAGCGCGCCAUCAAGCCCCAGGAAGUCCUAAACAUCUUUCGCCUUAUCACCGACGAGGAACUGACAGUCCUGGGCUUGAACGUCAAGUUUGCCCGUCCCGAGUGGAUGCUGCUCACGAUGUUGCCCGUUCCUCCUCCACCUGUCCGUCCUAGUAUCUCCGUCGAUGGUACGGGUCAAGGCAUGCGUGGUGAAGACGACCUGACCUACAAGCUGGCCGAUAUCAUCCGUGCGAAUGCUUCCAUCAAGCGUUGCUACAGCGAAGGUGCUGCGCAGCAUGUCAUUGACGAUUUCGAGACCCUCCUGCAAUGGCACAUUGCAACAUACAUGGACAAUGACAUUGCAGGCCAGCCACAAGCGCAGCAAAAGUCCGGUAGAGGCCUGAAGACCAUUCGUGGCCGCCUAAAGGGCAAGGAGGGUCGUCUGCGUGGUAACCUCAUGGGCAAGCGUGUCGAUUUCUCGGCUCGUACUGUCAUUACGGGUGACCCCAACCUGUCUUUGGACGAAGUCGGUGUUCCCCGCAGUAUCGCUCGUACCUUGACGUACCCUGAAACCGUCACGCCGUACAACAUCGCCAAGCUCCACCAGCUGGUCCGGAAUGGCCCCAACGAGCAUCCUGGCGCCAAGUACGUCAUUCGCGACGACGGUCAACGUAUUGACCUGAGGCAUCACAAGCGCGCUGGGGAAAUUACGCUACAGUACGGUUGGAAGGUUGAGAGGCAUAUUGUGAGCGGCGACUUCAUCAUCUUCAACCGUCAGCCAUCGCUGCACAAGGAAUCCAUGAUGGGUCACCGCGUCCGCGUCAUGCCCUACUCGACUUUCCGAUUGAACUUGUCAGUCACAUCCCCUUACAACGCUGAUUUCGACGGAGACGAGAUGAAUUUGCACGUCCCGCAAACUGAGGAAACUCGUGCGGAAAUCAUGCAGCUUUGCAUGGUCCCGUUGAACAUUGUUUCGCCGCAAAGGAACGGUCCUCUUAUGGGUAUCGUUCAGGAUACUUUGUGCGGUGUCUACAAGAUGUGUCGCCGGGACACUUUCAUCACCAAAGACCAGGUCAUGAACAUCCUCAUGUGGGUUCCCGACUGGGAUGGCACGAUUCCGACGCCGGCUAUCCUCAAGCCUCGCCCUCGUUGGACAGGCAAGCAGAUCGCUAGUUUGGCGCUCCCUGACGGCUUGAACCUGAUUAGGUGGCCGAAGACACCGUCUCCGCUUACGGACGAUGGUCUUUGCGUGCAGAACGGCGAGCUGCUUUUCGGACUUCUCAGCAAGAAGAUCGUCGGUGCUAGCAGUGGUGGUGUCAUCCACACAAUUUACAACGAAUACGGAUGGGAGGCAGCUGUCAGUUUCUUUAACGGCACCCAGAGGAUUGUGAACUACUGGCUGCUGCACAAUGGUUUCAGUAUCGGUAUUGGUGACACGGUUCCGAACAAGGACACCACCGCCGCGAUCGAGGCCGCUGUCCAGAAGCAAAAGCAAGAGGUCGUUGAGAUCACAGACCAAGCAACAGCUGACAGGCUGGAGCCUAUGCCUGGUAUGACCAAGAGAGAAACGUUUGAGAGCAUGGUUUCGGCGCGCUUGAACAAGGCUCGUGAUGAUGCUGGUGUCGCUACCGAAAAGAAGGUCAAGGAUCUCAACAACGUCAUUCAGAUGGCCCGCUCAGGUUCUAAGGGUUCUACCAUCAACUUGUCUCAGAUGACAGCUGUCGUCGGUCAACAAUCGGUCGAAGGCAAGCGUAUUCCGUUCGGCUUCAAAUACCGGACAUUGCCUCAUUUCUCCAAGGAUGAUUUCUCCUCCGAAUCUAGAGGAUUUGUCGAGAAUUCCUACCUUCGCGGCUUGACUCCUUCCGAAUUCUUCUUCCACGCUAUGGCUGGUCGUGAGGGUCUGAUUGAUACGGCUGUCAAGACUGCCGAGACGGGUUACAUCCAGCGUCGUCUCGUCAAGGCUCUUGAAGAUGUCAUGGCCAAAUACGACGGUACCGUUCGCAAUUCGCUUGGUGACAUCGUACAGUUUGUGUACGGUGAAGACGGUCUGGACGGUGUCUACAUCGAGCAGCAAAAGGUUGAUUUCAUGAACAUCUCCGACGCCCAAUUCGAGCGCAAGUUCGGUGUCAAUGUCAUGGACCCUUCCACGUCGUUGUCGAGCGACAUUCUUGAGCAAGCUGACGAGAUUGCUGGCGAUAUCGAGGUUCAGCGUCUCUUUGAUGAGGAGUACGGCCAGCUACAGGAAGACCGCAAGAUGUUGCGUGACUUGUCGGAAGAGACUGAGGAUGACUUCCAGCUUCCGCUGAACAUUGUGCGUAUCAUCGAAACGGCUCAAGCCAAGUUCCGAAUCAAGCCCGGUUCACGCAGCGACUUGCAUCCUGCGGAUGUCAUUCCCAGAGUUCGCGAAACGCUUGACAAACUGGUGGUUGUUCGCGGCACCGACCACCUCUCUAAGGAGGCACAGUACAACGCGACUAUGCUCUUCAAGGCACAAUUGCGCUCACGCCUGGCAUUCAAGCGCCUUGUUAGGGAGUAUUCUCUCAACAAGCUGGCAUUUGAGAGCGUUCUCGGUGAUUUGGAAAACCGCUUCCUCCGCGCUCUCGUCAGCCCUGGUGAGAUGGUUGGUGUCUUGGCAGCACAGUCGAUCGGUGAACCAGCCACCCAGAUGACAUUGAACACUUUCCACUUUGCUGGUGUCUCUUCGAAGAACGUCACGCUUGGUGUACCACGUCUCAAGGAGAUUCUCAACGUCGCCAAGAACAUCAAGACGCCUUCGAUGAAGGUCUACAUGAAGACGUCUAUGGACAUGUCAGACAAGGACAAGCAAGCUGCUGGUAUGGCACUUCGCCAGCGUAUCGAGCAUACCACUCUGCGUUCUGUCACCGAGAGUGUUGGACUCUACUACGAUCCUGAUAUCCAAUCGACCGUCAUCGAAGAAGACCAGGAUCUGGUCGAAUCUUACUUCAUUAUCCCCGAAGACAAUAUGGAGGACCCCGACAUGCAAUCGAGGUGGAUGCUUCGCUUUGUUCUGAGCCGUCGCCGACUGCUGGACAGAGGUCUUACCGUCCCGGAAGUUGCUGCGGUGAUCAAGCAAGAAUACAAGUCCAACCUGGCUGUAAUCUUCAGUGACAACAAUGCCGAGUCUCUCGUCAUUCGUGUCCGCUUGAUCAACAGCGACCGCGAUGCAGGAAAGGAAGAUGAAGACCGAUCCAAGAGCGAUGCCGAUGAGUUCUUGCUCAGGAUGCUUGAGAGCAAGUUGCUCGACUUCUGCUCUUUGCGUGGUGUUGAGGGUGUCGAGCGUGCUUUCCUCAACCACCAGGCCAAGCGUGUCAUCAAAGAGGAUGGCUCCAUGGUCAAGAGCACGGAGAAAGACGAAUGCAAAGAGUGGUUCUUGGAUACUACCGGAACAGCACUUGCCGCUACCCUUGCUGUGGAUGGUGUUGAUGCCAACCGCACCUACUCGAACAACUUCUUUGAGAUUAUCGAGACCUUCGGCAUUGAAGCGACUCGGACAGCACUGCUCAAGGAGUUCACCCAAGUGUUGGCUUUCGAUGGUUCGUACGUCAACCACCGUCACUUGGCCUUGCUCGUGGACGUCAUGACAGCCCGCGGUUUGAUUAUGGCUGUCACCAGACAUGGCAUCAACCGUGCCGACACCGGUGCUUUGAUGCGUUGCUCGUUCGAAGAGACGGUUGAGAUUUUGCUCGAUGCUGCCGCAUGCGGUGAACUUGAUGAUUGCCGUGGUGUUUCCGAGAACAUCAUGCUCGGUCAACUGGCCCCGGCUGGUACCGGUGAGAUGGAGAUCAUGGUUGACAAGAACAUGCUCAACACUUGCGCUUCGGACAAUGCUCGCUAUGGUCUCAUGCCUGGUCUCGCGGCUGCUCCGGGAUACAUCGACACGGGUGCCGCCACCCCGUACGACAUUGGCUCACCCAGCCAUGAGGGAGGCUUUGCAGGACCUGAUUAUGGCGCAUCAUUCUCGCCUAUGGUCCAGGCAGGCGGAGACGACCAUGGCCCAGCGUUCGAUCCAAUGCUCGGUGGUGGAUUUAGCCCGUUCCCUGGCUCCCGGAGCCCUGGCUAUGCUCCAACCAGCCCCUUUGGUGGCACCAGUCCAACUUCGCCCGGCUACUCCCCCACUUCGCCAGGAUACUCUCCCACUUCGCCGGGCAUGGCUCUUACCAGCCCGCGCUUUGGUGGUGCCUCGCCAGCCUUUUCGCCGACAAGCCCUGGCUAUUCGCCGACGUCUCCUGGCUACUCCCCCACUUCGCCUGCUUAUGCUGGCUUGUCACCUACCUCGCCCAGCUAUUCUCCUACAUCCCCCAGUUACUCGCCAACGUCGCCGACCUCUCCGGCUUACUCUCCGACGUCACCAAGCUACAGCCCGACAUCGCCUAAGUACAGUCCAACAUCUCCCGCCUACUCGCCCACCUCGCCGAUGUACAGCCCGACGAGCCCGCAGUUUGGCGGCGGCGGUGGUAGCGACAGGAGAAGCCCUACCAGCCCGAUGUCGUACAGCCCGACGUCUCCGGUGUACAGUCCGACGAGUCCUGCGCAGAACCAGUACAGCCCAACUAGCCCGAGGUUCUCGCCCACGAGCCCAGGUGCGGCGCCGUACAGUGCGAGCUCCCCCAAGUACAGCCCGACCAGUCCGAAAUAUAGCCCUACCUCGCCUCGUCAGGAUUAA